GGCCGUUUCCUCAUACUUCCCGCUCCCAACAAAAUAGCAGCGGUGGCCUCUGCUUCUGGGCUCUGGCAAUCCCUUUUUUAGCAAACCGCAAUAAUCAGUUUUCAAGAACCAAUCGCUCUCCUUUCCUCUGCACUCAUUCAUCUCCUCUAAACUACCUAACAACCAACCAGUUUACAUACACUCUAGAUAAGCAAUAAAAUCUCACCACCCAGCCCAGCCACAAAAAAAUCUGAGACAAUACCCUGUUUUCAUCCAACACAGUCAUUUUUUCAUACAUUGGAAGAUUGGAUAUGGAUAUGGAAAGAGGCAGCAGAUACAUACCAUAAAUCCUAACAAGGGAGAUCUUAGUGUGUACCUAGUUCUGUUGUGCUUUGCAGGCAGGGAAGCCGAAGCUGUGCUGAAGGAGCUUUUGUUGUGGAAUGGUAACGAGGGAGGACAGAUGGAUUUCUGGCCGGAGUUUCUUGCAAGCAGUUGGGGGAAAGAAUUUGUGGCCGGAGGAUUUGGGGGAACAGCCGGUAUCAUAGCUGGUUAUCCCCUCGACACAAUCAGAAUUCGCCAGCAGCAAUCAGGAGCAGGUUCGGCUUACAGCAUCCUACGCGGGGUUGUUGGCUCUGAAGGUCCCCGGGCACUCUACAGGGGCAUGGCUGCUCCCCUUGCCUCUGUCACCUUUCAGAAUGCCAUGGUUUUCCAGAUCUAUGCAUUACUCUCAAGGGCAUUUGACAAGAACAUUCCAGCUAGUGAUCCGCCCUCAUACAAAGGAGUUGCAUUAGGUGGAGUUGGAACAGGAGCCAUUCAGAGCCUAAUCCUCAGUCCUGUUGAACUAGUGAAAAUCCGCCUCCAGUUGCAGAAGAAUAUCUAUAAGAGUAAUGUUCAAUCAGUUGGUCCAGUAGAUGUUGCCAGACAAAUAUUUAGGCAAGAAGGUUGGAAAGGAAUAUACCGUGGAUUUACCAUCACCAUUCUCAGAGAUGCACCAGCUCACGGCUGGUACUUUUGGACGUAUGAAUACAUGAGAGAGCAACUUCAUCCUGGCUGCCGAAAGAAUGGCCAAGAAACCUUCAAGACAAUGCUUAUAGCAGGUGGCUUUGCAGGGGUUGUUAGCUGGAUAACCUGCUAUCCCCUUGAUGUGAUCAAAACCAGACUCCAGGCUCAAUCAGAGUCUACACCAUUAAGAUACAACGGCAUUGUUGAUUGCUUCAGGAGAAUUGUGAAAGAAGAGGGACACAAGGUGCUCUGGCGAGGCCUGGGAACCGCAGUUGCAAGAGCAUUCAUAGUGAAUGGUGCUGUAUUUACAGCAUAUGAAACUGCUCUGAGAUGCAUCUCUAACAGCAAUAAUCAUGCAACAAUCUAUACAGACAACACACCAUAAUAUAGGACUAAACCCCUGUUUGUUGUCCAUUAAUAGAUCAGUAAGCACCAAGCAUAUAGAAAUGGCUAUUGUAAAUAGAUGCCUAGUGGUAUUUCUUAGAAGAUUCUUCAGUACUAGACAUUACAGCAUAUAAAAAACUACUAUAUAGUCAGCCAAAAGGCCAGAAAGGGAAUUGGCAGCAAUACAAAGAAGUUUUUAGCUCUGGGCACAAA